UUAGAUAGGAUUGAAAUACGUAGAAUUUAGACGUAAACGUAAAUAAAAAUUUCGUUUUCUUGUGAUUUUUUUAAAUUAACUCACUAUGAGUACCAGUCCAAGACCCCUGAAUGAAUUGGAUGCCGAACUUGUCGAGCUUAUAAGGGCAUCGCCAUGCCUAUAUGAUCCUAAAAAUAUAGAUUUUCGUUAUAUCCACAAAAAAGACAUGCAAUGGGCCAAGGUGGCUGAAAGACUUGGAAUGUCAACGGAGGAUGCUCGUAAAAGAUGGACAUUUUUACGAGACCGCUAUUCUCGGGAAUUGAAGCUAAUGCAUAUGUAUCCAAGAAGACAGGAACUUGGAAAGAGUGAGUUAUUUCGUAGAAUGGAUUUUCUACGUGGUUUCGUUAAACGGCGUCGAACCCGAGGCCAGAGACAGGAGCCCAUACAAUCAGCGUUUAAUUUCGAAACAAUCGAAAUGCAGUCGCAAACGGGAAUCCAAGAUUUACAAGAUGUUGAGGAUAGUCAAGACUCUACCAUAUACGAUAGAAAAUAUUCAUAUCUAAGCGAUCAGAAACCGAAUAUAGCAAGUUCUCCUGCUAUUGUGGAAAUUCAUGGAGAAUCUCAGGACUGUCAUGAUUAUGAAGCGGAUUCAUAUGAUGGCGGAGCUUCAGUAAACCAUGGUAUUCCUUACACUUCACCUAGUUCCAAUGCUGCCUUUAGCGCUAAGCCUGAAGGAAGUGCAGCAAUUUCCCAAUCAAGAGUGGAAAAAACCCGCAUGCCUGCAACCAACGUUACCCCCACAGACACUGAGGAUCUAUUUUCAAAAGUGAUAGCGUCACACUUAAAGAAUCUCUCGAGACGCUACAAAAUAAAGGCCAAAGUCGAAAUGAUGCAAGUUCUUGAAAAGUACAUCGAAAUAGAAGAGAAUGAAAGUAUGAUGUCGUAGGGAAUUGAUAAAAUACUGAGAAAAGAUUAAAUAUGUUAAUAUUUUAAGAUAUAUUAUUACAAUUUGUUUCUUACUUACAAAACUUUUAACAUGAAGCAAGUAAGGCCCGGCCGAAUCUUGUUUACCCACCAUUACGGAUUGUGGUAAAAAUA